AUGGGUUUGCUAAUGAUAUUGCUAAUGCACCAGUACCUACCACUUUUUUAAGUAAUGAAGGGGUGCUGCAAAGACCAGAAGAUACCACUAGUCAUGGACAAAAUCUUAUGGAUUGCAAUAAUCUAGGGAAGUCUUACUCUGAUAAGAAAUAUUCAAGUUUUCCGUUAAAAGACAAGUGGAAACCUGCCUCAGGAACGAGUGGCCAAAACUACCCUGCUAUGGCAGUCAAGGAUCCCAAUGUAAUUGUAAAAAACUUUUAUCAAGAGGCAGACCAGGAAGAAGGUUAUACUUCAAUGUCCACAAACAGGCAACCUUCGCCGAAGCAUACCACUGUAGAAAAAUGGAUCUUGGACCGGCAGAAGAGAAAAGUCCUUGCUGAGCACAACUGGGCUCAGAAACUGCAGAAGACAUCACAAAAAAUCAGUGGUUGUUCUGAUAGGCUAAAGGAAGUUGUGAGCUCUUCUGAAGAUAUUUCUGCGAAGACGAAAAGUGUAAUUGAAUUGAAAAAGCUUCAGUUGCUAGAAUUGCAGCGACGUCUUCGGAGUGAUAUCAUGAACGAUUUUUUUAAACCAAUAGCAAGUGAAAUGGAUAGAUUGAAAUCAAUUAAGAAGCACAGGAUUGGAAGGAGAUCAAAACAAAUUGAAAGAUAUGAGCAAAAAAUGAAGGAGGAGCGACAUAAGAGAAUUAGGGAAAGGCAGAAGGAAUUCUUUAGUGAGAUUGAAGUUCACAGAGAAAGACUAGAAGAUGGUUUUAAAGUAAAGAGAGAGCGCUGGAAAGGAUUCAAUAGAUAUGUAAGGGAGUUCCACAAAAGGAAGGAAAGAUUUCACCGUGAGAAGAUAGACAGGAUCCAGCGAGAAAAGAUUAAUUUAUUGAAAAUUAAUGACGUUGAAGGAUAUCUUCGCAUGGUUCAGGAUGCAAAAUCUGAUCGGGUUAAUAAACUGCUAAAAGAAACUGAGAAGUAUCUGCAAAAACUUGGGUCCAAAUUGAAGGAUGCUAAAGUAAUGGCAGGUCAGUUUGAGUCUGAUAUUGAGGCGAGUAAGGGUGGUGCCAUUGAGGAGAGUGAAGAUGUUGAGAAUGAAGAUGAAAAGGAUCAGGCCAAGCACUAUUUGGAAAGCAAUGAGAAAUACUACAUGAUGGCACAUAGCGUAAAAGAGCACAUAACUGACCAGCCAGCCGGGCUUAUUGGGGGAAAACUAAGGGAGUAUCAAAUGAAUGGACUUAGAUGGCUGGUUUCUCUUUACAAUAACCAUUUGAAUGGCAUACUAGCAGAUGAAAUGGGCUUGGGAAAAACGGUUCAGGUCAUAUCUCUGAUUUGCUACUUAAUGGAAAAUAAGAACGACAGAGGACCUUUUCUAGUAGUUGUACCAUCUUCUGUUCUACCUGGAUGGGAGUCAGAGAUCACCACCUGGGCUCCUAGUGUCCACAAAAUUGUUUAUUGUGGCCCCCCCGAAGAACGCCGAAGGCUAUUCAAGGAACAAAUUGUUCAUCAAAAAUUUAAUGUUCUUCUGACAACAUAUGAAUAUUUGAUGAACAAACAUGAUCGUCCAAAACUGAGUAAAAUACAGUGGCAUUAUAUUAUUAUCGACGAAGGUCAUCGCAUUAAGAAUGCUUCCUGCAAGUUAAAUGCUGAUUUGAAACAUUAUCGCAGCAAUCACAGAAUACUAUUGACUGGAACUCCCUUGCAGAAUAAUCUCGAAGAGCUAUGGGCGUUGCUUAAUUUCUUGUUGCCAAACAUCUUUAACUCAUCUGAAGAUUUUUCUCAAUGGUUCAACAAACCAUUUGAGAGUAAUGGUGACAGUACCGCGGAUGAAGCUUUACUAUCUGAAGAGGAGAAUCUUUUGAUAAUAAAUCGUCUUCACCAAGUUCUGCGGCCAUUUGUACUUCGAAGAUUAAAACACAAGGUGGAGAAUGAAUUACCUGAGAAGAUUGAAAGACUAAUUAGAUGUGAGGCUUCUGCAUAUCAGAAGUUAUUGAUGAAGAGAGUUGAAGAGAAUCUUGGUGCCAUUGGAACUACAAAGGCUCGCUCUGUGCACAACUCUGUGAUGGAGCUACGGAAUAUAUGCAACCACCCAUAUCUUAGUCAACUUCAUGUGGAGGAGGUUCACGAUCUAGUUCCAAAGCAUUACCUUCCAAACAUUAUCAGACUUUGUGGGAAGCUUGAGAUGUUGGAUAGGUUAUUGCCCAAAUUAAAGGCAACUGAUCACCGAGUUCUUCUAUUCUCGACAAUGACUAGACUACUUGAUGUUAUGGAGGACUAUCUUUGUUGGAAACAGUAUAAAUACCUUCGAUUGGAUGGACAUACAUCUGGUGGUGAUCGAGGUGCCCUCAUUGAGAAGUUCAAUAAUCCUAGUUCUCCAUACUUUAUAUUUUUACUCAGUAUCCGAGCUGGAGGAGUUGGUGUGAAUCUCCAAGCUGCUGAUACAGUUAUUAUCUUUGAUACAGAUUGGAAUCCCCAGGUUGAUUUGCAAGCACAGGCCAGGGCUCAUAGGAUUGGACAAAAGAAAGAUGUUCUUGUUCUUCGUUUAGAGACUGUCCAAACUGUGGAGGAGCAAGUUAGAGCUUCUGCUGAGCACAAACUUGGGGUUGCGAAUCAGAGUAUAACUGCUGGAUUUUUUGACAAUAACACGAGUGCGGAGGAUCGAAGAGAAUACUUAGAGUCUCUCCUGCGGGAGUGCAAGAAAGAGGAAGCUGCACCUGUUCUGGAUGAUGAUUCCCUUAAUGACAUCAUAGCACGAAGGUAUAAUUUGUUGUUAUAAUUAUCGUCAAUCUCUUUUUCUCGUGAUGUCAAAACACUAAUGUUUUAUGGAUCUGAGUAUCAUAUACUUUGCUAAAGUCUGACUUACUUGACUAGGGAUGGGGAUUGGUAAUAAUAAGAUGCUACUUUGGGUAGCCUUUUAUGAAUAAGUAUUUACUUAUGAUGAUGCCAUGUGAUCAUCUUAAUAAUAUGGUUGUCUAAUUUUAACCUUGACAACAUAAAGUUACAAAAUUUUUAACCAUUUGAAAGGGAAGUAGGCUAAAAAAUUACUGCUUUAACUUUCUUAUCACACAAAAUUACUGUAUCAACUUUGACAUGCAUGAUGCAUCAUAUAUCUGCAACUUAGUCAAUUCAGAAUCAUCAUUUUAUGUCAUAUAGUUGACUGACCACCUUGAAACCAUAAGAUAAUCGAAGAUAGCAUGCUUAGCUUGGAGAUUGUUUCAGCAUUGCAAUGUGCACAUGUUCAUAUGGGUAGUAGUCUUUUACAUUUCAUUCAUCAGUCACUGAAUUUUUGGGGGACUCGCAAGUUUUAGUAUGCUUGAAGGUCCUAGGGUCUCCCAAGGAGUUUGUGCAUUCCCUUUCUUCUUUCCUUCUCACUGAAUUGUGAACCUAGUAAAUGAUACGAGCAUAUUAUUAUUGUUACAUUGCUGUAAAACAUUGUGAAUUAAUCAUUAAUUAGUGUACGGGUAAGAAGUCAGAUUAUGAAAUAGAAAGUGAUCUUACCUGUAAUACCUUUAUUGUGAUAAAGAAAUUGCCAGAAUCAGUAAAAGGUGUAAGAAUUGAGCACAUCUUAUGAAUUUUCAGUAUGGAAUUUAUAGAAUUGGGGCAUAUUUUCUUAGAGAGUUAUGGGGAUCUUCUCAGUAAUGUGAAGGGAAACUUUCUUUUGCCACAUUUGGUAUGGCCCCAAUUGGUGUAUGGAAGUGGUUUGGGAGGAAUCAUUUCUCCCAAAAAUAAAAAUCCUCUACCAAGUACUCUCUUAGUAAGUCACUAAAA